AUGGCUGAACGUAGCAGUUCAGAGCGCUCACAGCCAGUGUCGACAACUGCAGCAUCUGCGGCGCCUCUCUCAUUGUCAUCAGCUUCGACAGCAAAUUCAGCAGCCACUGGAAUGCGAAGAAAGAGUCAGGGCUUGACAGUUUCUCGUUCAAAUCGCCGAGGAACAGGUCCCGUUCUACCCGAGGAUAUACAAGCUGCGGUGUCAGUUCGUCAGAUUACCGAGAACGUUAACACUGCGACAACAGCUGCACGUUCUGCACCCACAGAGCCUUCUUCACCUACUGUUCGUAUUUCUGGAACAGUCACCUCUGUUCUCACUCGACCACCAAUAUCAAGCGUUUCUGCUGGUCGUGCUGAUGUUGUGCGAGGCUCAGUAGAAGUGACUUCAGUCGUCAAUCCUGUGAGUCAAACGACCGCCACAAUUCGAAAUGUCGCCCCAACGGCUGUGGUUGGACGGGUGCAACCUCGACCAGGGCAAACAACUGGCAACAAUUCUUAUACAUCUGCUACUAGUGCCUCCUUGCGUACAACAACGUCACGGUUUCGAAUCGGUUCUCCGGCUGGCGGACCGAAUCCUAUCACAAAAUCGGCUUCGGGCAAUUCCAUAGACGAUAGCGAACGACGCACUCUAGAACGAAAGAUAGCUGAUCUCGAGAUUCAGCUCAAGGACUUGGACGAGCUCACUGCGGCCAAUUUGCAACUUCGUGCAGAAAAUGCGGCCAUGAUGCGCGUACUCGCUAAGCUCAGUCUUCCUGCUAGCCGGUUAGAACGUAAUCAAACUGACCAAAUCGAUUCAGUCAACUAA